AUGAGACUUUGGCACUGGCGAGUAAGCUGGUCGGCGACUCCUACGCAUACGUUAUAUGGCUACAGUCUGCGCAAUUAUAUUGAUGGAUUGCCAGUGCUUACCAGUGACCUUAGCGCCAGCGAAUUUGUGACUGCCCCCAAAGACACCCGGGACUGCUGGACCCUGACUUCCCUGAAGCAGCUGCAGGCUAUGGAGGAACAAGACGGAGCCCCAAUUCACGUUGAACGCGGUCUUGAAGUUUGGGGAAAGAACACAUGCAUGGUUGACUGGUCAUGUCUGAAAUUCUGUAAGCCUGUAUUGGCCCAGAUUGUAACAAAGGUGACAAGGGUGACGAGGGUGACGAAGGUGAUGAAGGUAUUGAAUGAUACUACUGAUGGCCUCGAGGAAAAGUCAAGAGACAUCGCUUGCUGCAACAGCGCGCAAACACAUGAAAAAAAACAGCACGUGAGUAUUCGACAAGCAGUGAACAUCCUACCGCGAAAAACUCAUUUUACAAUUUCUGUUUAUUCAUCAAGCACUAGAAAGGGCAUAUCACGAUGUCGAAGUGCAAACAAUCCUCAAGUCACUGACGAUGUUGUCGAUAAACCUGAUAUUUUUAACGAGAUGCCUCCUGUUCCUGCUCCCGCGACUGUCGGGGCGCCCACUCCCCGUUCCGCUCCAGUGACUACGAUCCUGAGAAUGAUGAGGACACAGCGUCGAUACAAACGCCGUGCCAACAUGCCAGACGAAAUCUUGGACCUUGUGGAAGGACCUUCCACGAUAGACGCGAGUAUCGACGAAGAGUACGAUGUAUCCACGGAGAGUCAUGUCUUGCGACAAUUUGAAAAGAAUGCCAGAAAAAGGCUGCAUGAGGCCGCCUGCGCCAUCAGAGACGAACUCGAUAUAUUCCAGACAGUCUACCGCAGGACGACUGGGAGGAAUGUCAAUCUGGUAUCUGCUACUCCUGUUCACUCCGAGGAUCCCAUCCAGACAUCGGUGCCAGAAUUUGAUCCGCUGUAUGAUGCGAGUGACGUGGAGGAGGGUGAGAUUGCCCCGACAACCGCUGCCGUUUCCGACAUGGACAUCGACAUAUACGGGAAUACUCCGCUGGGAGGAAUAUCUCCAGUUAGUCUACAUUCUUCGCAUAGAUAUUGUCUGGUCUGUGGACUAAGAAAGAACCAGGGAAGAUCUGAGGCAGCUGUAGUUCCUGAGGAGCUGAAUCAUAACUUGGGAGCUUUCUCUGGUUACCUGGUCUAUAAUUUCUUCCUCCCACUGAAAGCUUCGUCCCGAAGGACACCUCAACCCACACCAACAUCCCUGUCUAGAGGCCAGACCUCCAAAUUGGUUUGCGCUCCACAAUGGCUCUCCACCCUACAAUAUGACUACCUUAUCUGUGACUGCUACCAGUGUGUCAUCUCUCAAAAAUUUGACUGGAAUGAGGCAGAGGUUCGCAUGACACGAGAUGGCAACAACGCCUGCGAUGAUGAUGGACAGUUGCUGACACAUGAGCCGCAGACACUGGCGUCGUUGGAAGUAACACACAUCCUUCUUCCCUUUCUCUCAUGUCCUUCCCCGCUGGUGAUUCUCAGUUGGUUUGUAUAUCAUAUACGUGCCAUUGCAGUCGAUGGCACUACCUUAUCCGGGACCGUCACCGCGCCGGUUUCGAACAGACCGAUUCACCCAGAGAAGACAGUCCCUGUCAGCAUUGAAAAUGAUGCUCGCUGGUGGCUAACAGAGGACGCGUCUCGCGCUUCUUAUCCAUCGCAUGCCUGUCGGCUCAAUUGGAGUCCCGUGAACGUGGACGAUCGUCUCUACGCACUGGCUCCUGAGAAAUCCAGGGAAUUUUCAGCGAAGGAAAAAAGACAUUUUCGGAGCACGGUCAGCAUCACUGGAAUUGAAGAGAGAAGAUAUGAGGAGCAUCACAUCUUCCACUAUCAGGAAUAUGUGAAUAAGCACCACAAAUGA